CUGACAGUUUCCAAAACAAGUAACUCAAAACGCUCACAACACAAACGACGUCAUAUGAGUGACUCAUGUUGCCACCUCUCACCGAGACCUGUCAUGUGAUAUUUUUCUACUUGGGAUCAAUCGAUUUUAGAAGUCGCCAGCAAUCAUGGGUGCGUCCGCUCUACCGAUCAUUAUUUUCUCGGCGAUUUUCGCCGUGGUUGGCAUCGUUUUGCCAAUCAUUGCUCCGAAGGGUCCCAACCGAGGAAUCGUACAAUGCGUGCUAAUACUGACCGCGGCCACCUGCUGGUUGUUCUGGCUGUGCUGCUACAUGGCUCAAAUGAACCCACUGAUCGGUCCAAAACUACAUCAGAACACCAUCUUGAUCAUGGCCCGUGAAUGGGGCAAUCCUCUCCCCGAUAUGGACGGGUACACUCCGGACACGGCCGAUCACUAGGAUGCAACUCAACGGUUCGAAGGGAAACACACAUUCCCCGUUUCAUUAAGUAUGAAAGUAACAUCAGUAAUACAGUUUUAGAUCUUAUCCCAAUUAGAAAA